AUGGACCAUUUCUUCUAGGGACAUCCCCAUAUCAUAUGGGUCACCCUUCCUUAACCAUAAGAACAACCAACUAUCCAAACACCUAUCUUUCUGUCACAAAAAUAUCCUUUCUUUUUAAGGAUAAUCUUGGUCUGUUAGGUUUUUUUUCCUGUUUUCUGAAUGUUUAUGCAUAAUUAUUUAACCAUAAGAACAACCAACAAUCCAAAUACCUUUCUGUCACAAAAACAUUCUUUCUUUUCUAGGAUAAUCUUGGUUUUAGAAUCCAACCUUCAAACAUUCGAACGGUGACAGUUGGUCAACUAGAUUAUUUUUUUCCUGUUUUCUGAAUGUUUAUGCAUAAUCAUUUAACCACAGAACAACCAACAAUCCAAAUACCUGUCUAUCACAAAAACAUCCUUUCUUUUGUAGGUGUUAGAAUCCAACCUUCAAACAUUCGAACCAUGACAGUUGUUCUGCUAAAUUUUUCCCCUGUUUUCUAAAUGUUUAUGCAGAAUUAUCAUGUCAGAAACAUACUUACUGUCAAUUAUCUUAGUUAUCAGCUUAUCAUUAACUUGGUUUGCUGCUUUUGGGUCUGUCACAAAAACCCCUCCAAACCCAAAAAUCAACCAAUAUUUUCGGUUUGAUAAAAAAUCAGACAGUUGGAUACCUGUCAAACUGCCUUAUAAUCUAGUUACCUGUAACAAUGGUAACUGUACUGUUGUAGGCUCUAUCAACCAAUCCCCUGAAAAAGGAGAUAAAACAACAAGGUUAAAAGCUAAUAAGGAGACUUACAGAAGGAUUUUACCUUUGAGGAAGCGCGUUUCUUUGACAAAAAUGUCUGAUUCAUCAAUUUGGAUUACUGGUGAAAGUGGUUCAAUUUAUGAGAGAUUCUGGAAUGGUGUUCAAUGGGUGAUUGCUCCUCAUGAUUUGCCUGUUUCUGUGGAUCCUGCAAUAUCUGUUUUCUUUGUAAAUCAGAGUAUUCUUGCUCUUUCUGAAGCUGGAUUUCUCUAUCAGAUGCAGCUGAUUGAAAACUCACAACUGGUUUGGACAAAGCUUCAACCUUCAGUUCAUCAAAAUUUAGGAGAAGAAAGAGAGCUAAACAUGAUCAAGUCUGGAGUUGUUACAAAAGAUGGGGAGAGAAUUUACUUCUGCACAAAGAAUGGAUCACUGUUAGAACUUGUUGAAGCCGAACCUGCAAGGUGGGUUAAUCAUGGGCAGCCUCCAGGUGCAGAUGUUGCAGCAAUAGCCGAUGUUGGUACAAUAAGAUCAAACCUUGUCUUCACAAUCAGUUCGGCAGGAGACCUUUACGAGCAUGACAAAAAUUCAAAACCGCCAUGGAAGAAGCAUAUAUGGAGAAGAGAAGGUUCAGCAGAGGAAGCUUCCUUGCUACCUUCAAGAGGUUGCAGUGGUCAUGGACUAGCAGGAGCUUCUUCAAUAUCACUGUUUCUGCUAAACAAGGUGGGUGAGCUGGUUGAGAGGAGAUUGAACCAGAGAAAGUGGAAAUGGAUAUUACAUGGUAAUCCAGAAGAUGAACUUCUGACAUCAAUCACACCAGUUUCAGAAGAUGAAUCCAAUGAGAAGUAUUCAGUGUUUCUGACAACAGCAUCGGGGUCAAUACUGGAGUAUCAAAUAGCAAAACAAACAGGAGUGGCUCAAGAAAACCAGCUAGAAGAGCCAUGGGUAAACCAUAUGCAUCCACCCCAUGCAAAGGUAGCAAGAGGUGUAGCAGGGAUACCAUACCAAUUUGGGAGGACCCUUUUCCCACUAGAUGACGGCAGGAUAGCAGAACUUCAUCUAUCAGGUUUAGGGGGUGAAAAAUCAGGACCAGAUCAUCAUCAUCAACUAAGUAUCAGAAAAAGAAGUCCAUCUAAGUAUGUUUGGUCAAUAUUAGAUGCCCCUGAAACUGAAGGAUGGAAUGCAGAGUACUGUUCAGAGGAACGUGGGCCCACCAACUGCGUAAUGGGUGUGAAAGAAUAUGAAACAGAAGAUUUCACAAACACGAGAAGUAUGACAAGAAGAAGGCGAAAGGGAAUACAGCAGAAUUACUUGAUCCCUGGAAUUUCUGACAUCAAACUUGAAAAAUCAGUGGAAGAAGAACAGAAAAUGGAAGAGAAUUGGGUGAAUGUAAACUUUGGGAUGAGAGUUAUACAAGGAGGUAGAUCAUUUUUUCUGGUGUCAAAUACGGGUUUGACUUAUGAAUAUCUUUACAAUGACAAUGUAGGGUUGUGGCUGAAACAUGAUCACUUAACAGUUAUGAGUGGUGCAGUUGGGAGUUAUAAUGGGAGUUUGUUUUUGGUUAAUAUUGAUGGUACUUUGUUAAUUAGAGAGAGAAGCAACAAUGAGUUGCAGUGGAUAAAUUGUACUGCUAUGAAGAAAGGGAAAGAAAUAAUUGGUGGCCCUCCAUGGGAUAGGAUUCAUGGUAUAGGAAAGAAAAUCACAGUAAAUGAUGCAAUUUAUUUCGUAAGCAAGAACGGAAGACUUCUGCAGUUUACUGUUGCUCUCAGGAAUUUCAAAUGGAAAGACUGCAAAAACCCUAAAAAUACAGAGAUUGCAACAAUAGUAGACCAGGAAGUAUGUAGGGAUAAGAUAGUUUUUGUUAUCGGAAGGAACGGACGAUUGUAUCAAUAUAAUGGAUUGUCUGGAUUAUGGCAUGAACAUCACCAAUCUCAACACUUAGUUCUCUCAAUAUUACCUGGGACAGCUAUGAGGCUAUCAGCAGUAUCUUUGGAAAGCUCUUUGUUCAUGAUUUCAGGAGAUGGUGGACUAAUUGAAUAUCACUGGAACUCACUUGAUGGAUGGAUAUGGGUCGAACACGGCACACCGAAUGGGGUGAGAAUAGCUGGAGCUCCAGGCCCAAGUUUUGCGGGUCAUCAGUUGUUCUUAGUUGGGUCAGACGGGAAGGUUUACCUAAGGCACUUCGACCAAGGAGAGUGGAAGUGGAGAGACUGUGGAUUUCCAGAUUUAGAAAGUAUGUCAGUUGAGCAAGAAAGAGAGGAAAAGCUGAAGAAUCGGAACGAAGAAAGCAUGUGUGUGAAUACUGAUAGUCUGGAUAAUGCAGAAGAGGCUAAACUAAGGAAUACUAACAAAAUAUGUGAUCCUAAGCUGUCUGCUCAUACACAGGUAGCACCUACACGGGCAAUUCAUUCAGCGGAAAAUAAAGUAAUAUUUGAGCUCAGGGAUGGCAGACUGGCAGAGAUGCAACGAGUUGAGGACUCCGGUUGGAUAUGGUCAAAGAUCAUUGCAACUCCCACGAGCCUAUGUAUGGCAAAUUUCUGGGGGGCUGCUGCUGCAUCAUGAAGCUGGAGAAUACAGACAUAAAAGCACUUUAAAGACUGUUACAAGCAUAAUACUUCGUAUUACAGAAAGCUCAAUAGCUAGGAGAUACUGAAACAUACCAUACUGUACAUAGUAAAGCAAUGACAUCGAGCCUUCUUCCUUCGAUUUAGCAGGACAAGAUGGAGCUUAGAAGCAUGAGCAACUAAGCGCGUAGUAACAUACAGUUAUCUCCAAUGUACUCUGUAUACUGUACAGUAACAUACAAGGAUAGAUAGAACUAUAAAAAAAUAUUAUUAUAGUUAACCUGUAACCAAAAGUAUUUCUGAUAUUAAAAGCAGUAAUUUCAAUGUUCAGAUAAAUGAACUUGUGGGUUCA